GUAUACAGGACGUGAUGUUUCUUCUUGUUUUGCCCGGAAAAGUAAUAGAAAUAUAUAUACGUACACAAGGUGCUCGUCGGAUGAAAAACCAAAGAAAAUUCCAUUAAUUUCAUUCGAGUUUUUUGCGCUCGUCGCUCACCCGUUGCGCCCGCCUACUUGUUCGAUGCCCAACAUCAUCACAUCACAGAUCAGCUGGACUCUUUUUUUGGCCACAUUAUACGACGACGGGGGCAGGUCAGUAGUAUCUUACGAGUACGUCAACCCAACCGACACCAACAUCUGCCACCCCCCUUAUUCCGGCGCCCGCUCCGAGGAUUUGAUUCACACAUAUCCGGCGCCCGUCAUCCUCAGAUUGGUGUUGCGGAUCACACGUUAAUCAGCCAACGUCCGUUCAAUCUAUUUAUUCCCUCGCGGAAAAUAAAACAGACAUUGGAGAAGCCAAUCCGGUGUAGGCCUAUCUCUUAUAUUCUCCCAUAUCCAGGAUAUGGGGUCCAUGUUGUGUGCUGUGCGUGAGUGUGUGCUGGCCGGGGAAAAGAGGCGUGACGACCUGGUCAGCAGCAGCUAGCGGGAGCAAGCGCAACAGAGAGCUGACCAUGGAAACUGCAAUUCAGUAUUGGCAGAAAAGCUGAAGUUGCUGCUGCUGCUUCACUGGGCAAAUCUAUACGCCAGCAAAUGCCUUUGAGUUGUGAUCUAAAGAGGAGGUAAAAGAUACAAGAACCAACCGGGAGACGAGCCGGGAGAGAUGGACGAAGGCCAUGCUGAGGAGACAUCGACCAAAGCCGCAAAGGAUUGGACUGGCCAGCAGUGAGCAGUCGUCUCAUGUCCAGCAUCCUCGCUGCACCGUCUUUUUCAGUUUUCCCUGUGUGUGGCGUCAUUUCCGUUUGGCUGGACGAAAAGAAUUGCCCGAUGGUGUGACAUGUGCGUGAAAAAUGUGAAAUGACAGCCGUCAUCAUCGGAAAUCAUGUCGAGCGACAACAGUAGUGUCGGGAACGAGAGCCAAACGACGGCCAACAGAGAGUCGGCCUGUCAAUUGAUGGGCGAGCAUUUUGACAUUACGACGGGCGUCAUCGUGUCGUGCAACUUGCUCAUCUCCUUGCUGGCCACCUUCGGCAAUCUGCUGGUGAUCGUGGCCGUCGUUCGCUAUUCGAUCCUGCGGACGCCGACCAAUCACUUUGUGGUGGCGCUGGCCCUGUCCGACCUGAUGGUCGGCCUCGUCAUCCCCUUUUACGUGUCAUUCUACUUUGACCUGCCCGACUACGCCUGCAAUCCCACCAUUUGCCAGGUCAAGAACUUUGUGGCCAUGUGGACGACGUUGUGCUCGUUCAUGUUGCUCAUCGGAGUGGCCCUGGAUCGCUACGUCUCCAUCGUCCAUCCGCUGGCCUAUCCGCGGUUGGUCAGCCGUCGAGUCUCCCGUUCCAUCGUCGCCUUCGUCUGCCUCUACGUCACGGGAUUUGUGGCCCUGCCGUACCUGUGGACGGGGGCCCUCAAGGAUUUGACGGUCAUGACCGAGUGCGAUCUGGUCUACAUUUCGGCCGCCAAUUACGCCAUUCUCUUCUGCGCCCAUUUGGCGUUCUCGCUCAUCGUCACCACAUUCCUCUACGGCCACAUUUUCAGAGAGGCUUGGCGCCAGAACCGGCACCACUUGCAUCAAGAAGCCAAAACGGCUCUCAUGAUGGUGUUGAUCUUUGGAGUCAACAUCGUGAGCACUCUUCCCUAUCUGAUAGUCGUUGGCAUCCGAUACCGACACAACGAACAAAUCGACCAGACGGCACUCAGCCGAGCCAAAAAGGUUGUCAUGAUUUUGUAUUUCGGGAAAUCAGCCCUGAAUCCAUUUAUUUACGGCUGGAAGAACCGCGAUUUCCGACUGGCUUUCGCCCGUCUGCUCCGCUACGUCCCCUGCUCCAAGUGGGCGAUGGAGCGCUCACUCAGCUCGGUGGAAAUGGCCACCGGAAUCGGAUCGAGAGCUGGAUCCAUCCAGCCGCACGAUCGACAGCGACUCAGUAAAAUCUAUCAGCUGGAGCUGCCACCUAUCGAGUGGCAAAUCAACUCUACCGACCUCUCCAACGACGACUACCUACAACGAACGAUCCCGCCGGAUCAGCAACAAGUCACGGACUUGUAAAAAUUCACGACGGCACGUUUUGAAAUAGUUUUUGUUUUUUCACGUCACGCCGGACGCAUGCCAAGAAUCGUUCAAGUCAAUUCUCACGGGGGCUACACUCUUUAUUCAUGCAGGAUGCCUCUGCCUCUUGGCCUGUCCAUCGUUGCUGUUGACUGAUGCGGGAGAUAUGUCACAUGAUUUUUCCCCCCAUCGGUUGUGUUGAUGAUAUUAAAAUAUUUUCGUGUCUUGUGUAUAGGCUACAUUGAAUGUUGAUUGUAUUUUUCGUUCGUGCCGAUGCCACGGGAUUCAAACUCUCUCUGUUUGUCCCUAUCGUCAUAUAGCCCAAACAUAUUUUGUAUCACCUCUGUUUUCUUACUCAAUGUUCCAUUCCGCAUUUUGUAUUUUCUUAUUUUUUUGCAACGCAUUUCUUUUCGGCCUGAUGUACUCAUGAUUCUCGUUGUUGUAAAGCGGAAAAGUGGUCAAAUUCCUUCGUGUUUAGUAGCCAAAUUUACAUACUCAAUUAUUCGUGGAUCGUUUGUAACUUUGUAAAAUGUAACAAACAUUGAACGUUUCGUUAGGCGACAAUAAUAUGUAAACAAAUACGCUGUGUAAUGAGUCUCAAAAAUAUUAAAUCAUGUUUAUUUACGUCGAACCAAAGUAACUCAUUGCGUCAUCAUCCUAAUCACUCAGAAACAUAAGUCAUAAGUUAAAGAUUUACAAUUAAUUAAUUAAAACCAAAUGGAAUGCUAUGUUUUGUUUUGUUGAACGCUAAUAAAACUUACAAAAAAAAAAAAAAAACAGAACAAAAUCACGAAUACGAUCGUUCACAAAUCACUAAAUCAGUAAAUCACGAUGUUUUCU